CAGGCUUUGGUGAAACUGCAGAUGUCACUAUUUAAAGCGCGUGAUUGGUGGACUGCUACCUGUGGGACCGACGAGACAUUCGACGCUAGCUGCCUCUGCAUUGGUAAUGCCAGCAACGACCCAUCUCAAUCAGAUCAAAUCAUCGUGGGAAGUCAUUCGGGCGUGUUGCGGGUGUACCAGCCCACAUGUGCGCAAACGGAGGAUGGCACAUUCGAAGGCUUCCGGCCAGAGCACAUGCUUCUCGAGUUUCAAAUGGCCCAAGCGAUACUUCACGUUUUACUUGGACAGUUUGUUUCAGCAUCCGACAAACUCUUCAUCGCUAUUUUGCAUCCACAAAGGAUAUCUGUCCACAACCUCGCAGGUGACGCCGGUGAAGCGGAGCCCGGGACGCAGUACAAGCUGAGCCUUAUGUACGAGCACACACUGAGUGCGCCUUCUUACUGUUGUGUGGCUGGACACUUCGGUGGCGUCAAAGGACAAGACUUUCUCUGUGUUCAAGGUGUGGACGGCUCAUUGACGUUUUUCGAACAAGAGAACUUUGCGUUCACGCGAUACCUGCCAGAGUUUUUGCUGCCCGGUCCUCUUGCAUACGUUGCGAAAACGGACUCCCUCGUUACCGUAAACACGGCUUUCCAUUUGGAAAAUUUUAG